AUGUCGAAGGUCCAGCUCUAUGUGUAUGAUCUAAGCAACGGCCUUGCAAAGCAACUCUCGAGACAACUCACCGGUCGGCAGAUAGAUGGAAUAUGGCACACCUCCGUGGUUGUAUUCGGCAAGGAGAUAUUCUACGGGCAGGGUAUCGAUAUCACCCGGCCGGGGAUGUCUCACCAUGGUAGACCGCUCCAGAUCGUAGAUAUGGGCGAAACCGCUAUCGACGAAGAGACCUUUAACGAGUAUUUAGAGGAAAUGCGUCAACAUUACACUGCAGACAAGUAUCAUUUAUUAGACUUUAACUGCAACUCGUUCACCAACGACUGCGUGGGCUUUCUCACGGGAGGCUCAAUACCGACGUGGAUUAAAGACCUACCCUCCGAUUUCCUCUCGACGCCUUUCGGCGCAGCUCUCCGCCCGACCAUCGACUCCAUGUUCCGCCGCCCUUCGCCUGGAGCCGCGCCCGCCGCGCCCCAGAUGCCCGCCCCAGACUCCCUGAAUGCAGCAGCCUCUGCUUCGCCCAAUCCCGCGCUCGCAUCCGCGCUCCUCCAAGCCGUCGCCUCGCAGGCCUACUCAUCUGGCUCGCUCUCCGCCCCUACCUCCAUGCCCUCUGUUGCUCCGAAUUCGGGCAGCUCCACUGUGACUGGCCCGAUUCACAUGUGCACAAAUCCGUCAUCGCUGCACUCGCUUUUAAAGUCGCACCGCGCAGCGAUCGUGUUCUUCACGUCGGCAACGUGUGGCCCAUGCCGCAUGAUUGAGCCGCUGUUUGAGGAUCUCGCGCACCAGAAGACGCAUGGUAGCGGUAGCGGACGCGUUGCGUUCGUGAAGGUGGACCUCGCGGUUGGGAUGGGCAAUCAGGUUGCCGGGGAAUGGGGCGUCAGGGCCACACCUACAUUCUUGUUCUUCUUGGAUGGAAAGAAGGUAGAAGAGGUGAAGGGCGCGAACGCAGCAGAACUACGCUCCCAAGUGGAUCUACUCCUCUUCCAAGCCUUCCCGCCCCAUCCGCAUACGAAACUAUCUCUUCCCGCCGUAGAAGCGCUGUCCACAAAUCCUAUCCUUUUCACCCAAGUGCCUGCGCUGGACACGGUCUCCGCCAAGCUCGCCUCGUUCAUCGACGCCGCACCGUCCUCGCCAGAGCUGCAAACGGCUAAGCAAGCGCUCACCACCGCGAUCAUUCCCCUUCUGAAGACUCGUUUUCCGCCGAAAGGCACACCAGAAGCAGCGAAGAAGCCCGCAUUCCCUGCUCCUCCGCAGUUGCUCGCCAGCUGGGCAACAACGACGCGCAUCAUCGCCAACACCCUCCCCCCGGCGCAGCUCUUCCCCCUCGUCGACCUGUGGCGGCUGGCUAUCCUCGACGACGCCGUCGGCAACUGGCUCGCCUCCGCGCCCACACCCGACCCGCUGCAGCUAUUCCUCGACAAGGCGCUGUCCGCACUAGACGGGAACGCGCCCGACGCGCGCAACUACCUCCUGACCACGCUGCGUGCGCUCGCGAACGGAUUCGCACACGCGUCUCUGAGCAAGACCCUGCUCGCGGCGAAACGCGUCCCAAUGACGCGCGCGGUCGUGGCAGCGCUGCUGCACGCGGAUGCGGCGGUGCGCACGGCGGCGGCGAGCCUCGCGUUCAAUGUCGCGGCCGCGCUGCAGCGGAGCCGGGUCGAGCGCGUGCGCGGGGUCACGGUCGGCACGGUGCCGACGGAGGUCGCAGAGGAUGAGGAGUGGGAGGUCGAGAUGGUGAGCGCGGUGCUCGAGGCGCUCGCGAACGAGACGCAGAGCGAGGAAGUCGUUCACCGGUUGACGGCGGCGCUGGCGUUUUUGCUGCGACUGUCGCCCUUCUACGAGAGCCAGCUACAGGGUCUGCUGGAGGUGCUGCAGUCGCGCGAGACGCUGAAGAGCAAGCUCGCGCAGGGCGGAUGUGGGGAGAGUGGCGUGCAGAAGCCUGAGGUGCGGAAGUUGGUGGUAGAGGUUGCGGAGAAGUUGUGUGUCUGA